CUGUAGAAGUUGUUGAAGAAGAGAUUGUUGUUUUUGAAGUUUCUGAUCAAAAGGUUGUUGCUGUUGCAGUCGCUGAAGUAUUUGCACUUGAUGUUGAAGCUGCUGAAGAAGUAAUUGUUUCUGUUGUUGAAGUUGCUUUAAUACAGUUUGUUGCUGAAGAAGUUGUUGUUGUUGUUGGAGAAGAUGCUGAAGGUGCGGCUGCUUAUGUUGUAGUUCUUGAAGUUGUUGUUGUUGUUGAAGUUGGUGAGGCACAGGAUCUUGUUGUUCCAGAAGGUAGAGAAAAGAUUGCUCGUUUUCUGUCUGUUGGACAAGUUGCUGUUGUAUGA